GGGGUAUCUGUAGUUCGACGUUGUGGACAUAUUUUAUUUAUCUUCUCUCUUCCAUCCAAACACCAACAGAAUUUAUUUAUCAUCGUCCUCGGUUAGAUUUUUUUCCACAAAUAACAUCUGCUCGACAGAUUGUCGAAGACCACAGACAGCACCAUGGCCUCCAAAAUAAACGAAGCCCAUGAACACAUCGCUAAAGCGGAGAAAAAUUUAAAGACAAGCAUGACAAAGUGGAAGCCAGAUUUUGACAGUGCUGCAUCAGAAUAUGCCAAAGCUGCGGUGUGCUUCAAGAAUGCCAAACAGUUUGAGCAGGCUAAGGAUGCCUACCUGAAGGAGGCAGAGUACCACACAGAAAAUAAAGCCUUGUUUCAUGCAGCAAAAGCAAUCGAACAAGCAGGUAUGAUGAUGAAGGAUUUGAAGAAGAUGCCUGAGGCGAUCCAGUACAUAGAAAAGGCCAGUAUGAUCUACGUAGAGAACGGUACUCCAGACACCGCUGCUAUGGCUCUGGACAGAGCCGGGAAACUAAUCGAGCCUGUGAGUUUAGAGAAAGCUGUGGACCUGUAUCAGCAGGCUGCCGGUGUGUUUGAGAAUGAGGACCGCCUACGUCAGUCAGCUGAGCUCCUGGGGAAAGCUUCCAGACUGUUGGUCAGAUUACGCAGACUGGAUGAAGCAGCAACUGCCCUUCAAAAAGAGAAGAACAUGUAUAAAGAUAUAGAGAAUUAUCCCACUUGCUUUAAGAAAACAACAGCACAGGUGUUGGUUCAUCUUCACAGAAAUGACUUUGUGGCUGCAGACAAGUGUGUCAGAGAGAGCUACAGCCUCCCAGGGUACAGUGGGAGUGAAGACUGCGUGGCCAUGGAGACGUUGCUGCAGGGAUAUGACGAGCAGGACGAGGACCAGGUGCACCGCGUGUGUAACUCCGCUCUGCUGAAGUACAUGGACAAUGAUUAUGCCAAGCUGGCCAUCUCCCUGAAGGUUCCUGGAGGAGGAGUGAAGAAGAAGACUGCAAAGCCGCCACAUGGGGGCGCUGGGGCGCCAGCUGCUUCCGCCGAGGACGACGACGACUACGAAGGAGGGCUGUGUUAGCCGCAGAAAACACUGACCGCUAAAUACACACAACGCUAAACACACCAGGAAGUCCUGCUCAUUGAGGUGAAACUGUCAGAAUAUGUUGCUCCCCCCUGAACUAGACCCCAAUAUGUUGCUCCCCCCUAAACUAGACCCAAUAUGUUGCUCCCCGCUGAACUAGACCCCAAUAUGUUGCUCCCCCAUAAC